UUCUCGGCGGGUGGAAGUUGGGGCCGUUGAGGAGGCGGCGGUGGCCGCGGCUCUGCGCACAGGGGUCCGGAUGGAAGCGGCGCCGGGGCCCGGGCCCGGGCUCUGCUGCAAGCCUGGCGGGAGGCUGGACAUGAGCCACGGCUUCGUGCACCACAUCCGACGGAACCAGCUCGCCCGGGACGACUACGACAAGAAGGUGAAGCAAGCGGCCAAGGAGAAGGCGAGGAGGCGGCACACGCCCGCGCCCACUCGGCCCCGAAAGCCCGACCUGCAGGUGUACCUGCCGCGACAUCGAGAUGGCUCUACCCACCCAAGCAACCCAGACCGUGAGGAGUCUGGUGAAAGCAGCAGUGGUGGCAGCUCUGAGCCAGAGCCCCCUGGCCAUCAGCUCUUCUGCUUAGAAUAUGAGGCGGACAGCGGAGACGUCACUUCAGUUAUCGUGUAUCAGGAUGAUGAUCCAGGAAGGGUGAGCGAGGAGGUGUCGGCACACACGCCUCUGGAGCCACCCAUGCGAGAGGCUCUCAAGUUGCGCAUCCAGGAGGAGAUUGCAAAGCGCCAGGACCGACACUGAGCAGACUGGAGUCGCUGUCCAGAGAGCCGCCUCUAGUUUGGGGGUGCCAGGACCAGUCUGAGCUGAUCUUGAGGACCGGCCCCCCUGUCCCAGAGCUGCCACAUCCACAGGAAAAGGGGGAUCACAGGGACUACUCCUGGCCCACCUACCUUGUAGCCAUUCUUUCUCAUAUAUUGGCCCAUUUGACCAGCCUAAUGUUCUGGAUGUUUUUGAGAAUUUGGUUUGGUUAGCUUGGUGUUCUGGAAGCUAAGAUUCUGGGGAGAGAUGAGGCUUAUGAGACCUUCUGCCAACGUGCUGCUUUCUUACCAAGGUCAUGUGCCCCAGGGCAUCUGA